GUUCAACCUCCCCCUCGCCAGCAAUGCUACAGGCAAUCACAGUGCAGCGCCUACAAGCACUGCUAAUUGAUAUGUUGUUCAUUUUUGAACUCAUAUUCGGCCUCAUUAGCUUCAUUACCGUCUUCUUGACCUUCUUCCCCUCAUAUUACUACCUCAUCUACGACUUUGUUGAAUCCACCCUUGUCCCUGUGUUCCAAUUUGUAUAUACUCGAUGCGACCUCAAGUAUACUUGGCAAUGCGUACGAUCCGGUGGUCAAGCUGUGGUGACAGUCAAGCGAGUGACACUUCGAUUAAUUGGAGGCAACAACUUUUUAACCGGUUUUAAUUGGAGCUACGCUAAAUCAUCUGCUGAGAAACCUCCCGCAAAAUUGGAUGUUGUGCAAGCCGAGCCUUGCUUGAACGACACAGAUAUGUCUAUCUCACUAUACAUUCACGGCAUCGUCAAUACCGGCAACUCAUGCUUCCUGAAUUCAGUGUUGCAGGCAUUAUCUUCCUUGGAGCACUUGCAGCCAUUUCUGUACUAUUUGACAAAGGACAGAAGCUCAUCUGAGGUUCCGGUUGCAAACGCCUUGCGACAAACGCUAUUACUACUUUCCAAACCAAUAUCACAAAAAUCGGCCAUCCUACCCGAUCAACUUGUUACCGCUAUUUCGCGCCAUCAUCACGUUAUCAACCACGAACAACAAGACGCUCAAGAACUAUUUCAGAUCAUUUCAAGCUCACUUGAGUCAGAGCAGCAAGAUACAUUAAAGUUGCAGUCCUCUAAUGCCGGCCUUAGAGACCUGCUUUUGGCCAAAUCGUCAGCCAAUAUUAUACCCGCCAAGCCUUCAAACGCUUUGAAGAAGACUUUUCGCAACCCCUUUACUGGGCUUUUAGCCAGCCGUUUAUCCUGUAGUCAAUGUGGAUAUACAGAGGCUAUCAGACACUUUUCAUUCGAUAAUAUACAACUUACUUUGCCUAAUUCUUACAACGUGCCACUAGAGGAUUGCUUAUCUAGCUUCAUCGCUAUGGAGACUUUGGAUGACGUGAGCUGCAGGUCAUGCUCAUUGAAAGCCACUGCUGAACGGUUACAAACCGAAAUAGAUUUUGCUAUUUCUGCGGAAGCCGAUACAACAGAAAUCGAAAAGCUGACUAACAACUUAGAUCUAAUUCAAAGUCGGCUACAGUCUCAUAGAGUGGAAGACCCGAUUGACCCCAGCAUUCAUUUAUCAAGGGUUGUGAGCCCAAAAUCGACAAAGCAAGUGAUGUUCGCAAAACCACCGCAAUGCCUUUGCCUGCACAUUUCCCGUUCGACUUUUCACACUUCUGGUGCCGUGUACAAAAACACUUGCCAAGUCGCUUUUCCAGAGACGCUUGAUCUCUCGCCAUACUGCACUAAUUCCGACUUGGGAGUGGACCCAGACGCACCUAUCAGCGGAGCCCAGGACUCGGAAGGGCAGAAGAAAUAUCAAUACAGACUUAUGAGCACGGUUGUUCAUUACGGCAGUCAUAAUUUUGGCCACUUCAUUGCUUACAAACGACGUAUGGGACGAUGUGGAUGUAAGAAAUGUCAGACGAACUUGGCAGCCAAUACCAAAAUUGAAUCGGCUCAACACGACUGGUAUCGAGUGUCCGACGAAAACGUCGAUACGUGCCCAGUACAAGACGUUCUAAAAGCAAAUCCCUACAUGCUUAUUUACGAGCUCGUAGAAGAACAGCCGCCUACGCCGGUACAACCUGCCAUACCUAUACAAUCUACCCUUUCUCAUCCUACAUUCAAGAAGUCACCUACCAGCUCUCACAUCACCCACUCCACCAUGCAUAAAAUUUCAAUGAACAAAACCGUGUCAGCCACUAUCCAAGCAACCAAUAGAACUGGUACCAAGUUACCAAGUCCUCUCGAUCUUCAUCCUACCUCUUUGUACAGUCUUCAAUAACGUUGUUGCCUUAGUUUAGAGUUCCUCUGUGUUUUGUGUUAACAGACCAUUCUUUGUGACUCAAAGCGAUUAAAAACUCUAAGUAAAGCAUAAUAAAGCAACUUUCAACUGAGAAUUU